CCCUCUCAGCGCGCAUGCUCCGUGCCAGCACUGGCGUCAGAGUGUUCUCAGUAGCUGCGCAGUCGCAGUGUGUGUCCAGCUAGUGGGAGUUAGCUGUGUAAUGGCGGCCGUGGUGUUGAUGUCUGUCGAGAGUUCCGGUCCCGGGUUCGGGAUCGGCGGCCAGAAUAACAGCGGAACCGGAGCGUCUGGGAACGGCCACGGGGUAGCGGGACCCGCAUCAUGGAACCGUUCUUUGGACCGGGCACUGGACGAGGCGUCCGUGACGGGCUCGCUGAACCUCAGCGGCAGGAAGCUAAAGGAGUUUCCGAAAAGCGCCGCAAACCACGACCUGACCGAUACGACUCAGGCCGAUUUGUCCCGGAACCGGCUGUCAGAGCUGCCGAUGGAGGUGUGCCACUUCGUGUCCCUGGAGAGCCUGAAUCUCUAUCAGAACUGCAUCCGGCAGGUCCCUGACUCGGUGCUCAACCUGCAGUCACUCUCCUACCUGAACAUCAGCCGGAACCAGCUGUCCACCCUGCCCGGGUCACUGUGCAGCCUGCCCCUCAAGGUGCUCAUCGCUUGUAAUAACAAGCUGCUUUGCCUGCCAGAGGAGAUAGGACAUCUCCGCCAGCUCACAGAGCUCGACGUGAGCUGCAAUGAGAUCCAGACGCUGCCUUCUCAGGUUGGCCAGUUGGAGGCGCUGCGGGACCUGAACAUCCGCAGAAACCACCUGGUCCGGCUGCCAGUGGAGCUUGCAGAGCUGCCACUGGUCCGGAUAGAUUUCUCCUGCAAUAAAAUCGCCACAAUCCCAGUGUGUUACCGGAAUCUGAGGCACUUGCAGACGAUUGUACUGGAGAACAACCCUCUGCAGUCUCCCCCUGCACAGAUCUGUAUAAAGGGCAAAAUUCACAUAUUUAAGUACCUAAACAUAGAGGCCUGUAAGAUCGCCCCUGAUCUGCCAGAAUACGACAGAAGACCGACUGCCUUCGGAUCCUGUCAUGAAGACCUGUACCCCAGCCGGACUUACGGAGCGCUGGACUCGGGGUUCAACAGUGUGGACAGCGGGGACAAGAGGUGGUCUGGGAACGAGCCCACAGACGAGUUCUCAGACCUGCCGCUGCGAGUGGCGGAGAUCAAGGAGCAGCGUCUGCGCAGAGAGAGCCAGUACCUGGAGAGCAGGACCGGGGCGCUCGUAUCCAACGGGGCGGUGGAGCACGACGUGGAGCAGAUUGAUUUCAUAGACAGCUGUCCUGAAGAGGAUGAGGAGGCGCGCACGCACAGGGGGGCCGAUCGAGACAGCCUCAGCUCACAGUUCAUGGCGUACAUCGAGCGCAGGAUCAGCCACGAGGGCUCCCCGGUUAAGGCCAGCCCCACAAGGGAUUCGUUACGAACAGACGAUUCACGGCGAUGCCAUCCUCCCCCCAGCAGGAAUGGUGGAUGUGCAUCGCCAUCUAGUCCCUACAACCAGUGUUCUCACAGAGGCCAGGCCGGGGUGGAGCGAGCCCGCAGAGAGGCCCAGCUGGCAGCGCUGCAGUAUGAGGAGGAGAGGCAGAGGACCAAGCAGACCCAGAGAGAGGCCGUCCUGCACUUUGUCAAGGUAGACCCACCUCCUCCCUCCUCUGCACUCCCGACUGCCCUGGACUUCAAGCACAAAACGACAAUGAGCCCCACAAGACAGAGUCCCACGGACAGCGAGCGCCUUUUCCCCUCCAGACGUUCUCAGCACACGGACGAUUCAGCCCUCUUAGUGAAUGGGUAUCAGCCCCUCAUGGUGUUUGAAAUAGACAGUAACACCAAUACCAUUAAGAGGAGACCGGGAACUCACAAACAGUCUCUCUCUGGGACGUCCCACGAUGGUUGUUCCUCUCAUGUCUCUCCUGCAGCAGCUGUUCCCUCCCUCUGCUGUCCACUCCAGCAGAACGACGAGAGAUCCCCGCUUUCACAGAGUGCGUCUUUCCUCCAGUCAGCCCUCCAAUCACCUCCCUACCCUGGCCCUGCUUCCCCGCCCUCCUACCGAAGCCCCUCCCAUCGCCCCGAAAGCUUCCUGUUCCGCGCGGCUCUGAGAGAGGAGGUCAAGAGAGCAGUGACCCCCACGCUGUCCCCCACGUCCCCCGUGUCCCCCACAUCCUCCAUGUCUCCGGGAUUCGAUUCUGAGGAGCCGAGGAGCCCGCAGAGCGAUGGGGAGCUGGGAGAGGACUCCCCGCUCGCAGAGGAGCUACGCAAGAAUAUCGAGUCCCGGUUGAAAGUGUCGUUGCCUAGCGACCUGGGGGCGGCCCUGACAGACGGAGUGGUGCUCUGCCACCUAGCCAAUCACGUGCGGCCGCGGUCAGUGUCCAGCAUCCACGUGCCGUCUCCCGCUGUGCCCAAGCUGACGAUGGCGAAGUGUAGACGGAACGUGGAGAACUUCCUGGAGGCGUGCCGCAGGCUGGGGGUGCCGCAGGCCCAGCUGUGUCUGCCGCUGCACAUCCUGGAGACGAAAGGUCUGGCUCAGGUGGCCGGGACGGUCCAAGCCCUGCUGGAACUGGCGCCCCCCAAAAACCCACAGCUCUCCUCGGUGUAGGAUCUCCCCCAGGAACCCCCUGGACCUCUCAUCCUCCCCUCACACUCCCCUACAGACCAGGACGACUGCUCCACAGUGGGACCCAGCACAGGCAGUGACCCUGCAGACCCCAGACUCCAUCAUUAUCCCAUCAGCAGCUUCCAGACCCACAGGGACAGCACGGAGCCCAGAGUGACUGCAGGGAACCUCUCCGUCUUGUUCACACACGCCUCCCUUUCUUCUUUCACUCCUCCUUUCCUUUCUCUCUUUUCUGUUUCUUCUUCCUUCUCUUUAUCACUGUUGCUUUCUUUCUCCCUACAUGUCUUUUAUCCAGUUUAUUUUAUUAGGGGUGAGGGGUGUCUAUACAGUAUAUGGUUAUUUAUUUUGAUUUCAUUUUUAGUUUAUUUUUUAAGUUGUUUUUGUUUUUUCCAACAUUGUUUCACGGUUUGCACAGCACAUAGAAACAAAAACAAAAAACCAAACCUGAGGGCAUGUUACUGAAGUGCAGUGCACAUGUCCAGUUGUUUAAAGCAGUUUACAUCAUGUCGGUGAACAUCAGCAACAUAAUUCUAUAUAGAUAACGGUAUUGCAUGAUUCUGCUUGGCAUAGAAGACCCUAUUGCAAUUGUUUUAGGGGGGAAAAUGGGCAUUCAAUCCUAUUGGGUUCCAGUGACAAACUUUACUUUCUGACAUUGAAAAGAUUAGUAUUUGUAAGCUUUUUAAUGUUUGCUCUACACAAUAAAUAAACAGGAUGCACACGCACAGGCACACACGCACAGGCACAGAAUGAAGACGGUUUAACUGGGAUCAUUAUAAAAAACCAGUCGCUGAACAUUCAAGCGCCACAGUCCUGUUGCAUUCUGUCAAGAAAUGGAAACGAUACUGAUUGCUGAAAGAUUUUACUUUAUAUAUUAUAAUAAAUGAAAAAAAAAUGUUUAAAAAAGUGGUGUAAACAAAGGAGAUGAGGAGCACCAGUUUCUGAAACAGACUUGGCGUUUUUGGCACAAACCUGAUGCAGUGUUGUUGAAAUCUUCCCCUGCUUGUGUUUCUGUCCAGGCUGACAGCUGAUUCCAGCUGCAGUGCUUUGGUGUUUUGGGUUUUCCUGGUUUGUUCUGUCAUGUGGACCGCUGAAGGCGAAGCUGAGCUUACCUGUGUUAUUAAUUGUGCAGUUUAGUUUUCACUGCUUGCUGUUUUAUUUCUACAAGAUUUAGCCUGUUCCCUGUCCCUGUAAUCAAGGAUUUCCUUGGCCAGUACACUCUGGAGUGCUCGACUGUACGCUCCUGUGAAGAAGCAAGUUUGCCCAAGUGUUGCAUAAACUUGGUGAAUAUUGAUGAUAUAAGUGUAUCAUUUAUUGGGGGAUACAGAUUUUAAACUUGUUCACAAUAAAAUGGCUGAACUGUGCAAAAUGCAAAUCUGCACUAUUUAACAAAAUGCAUGGCUAUGCAAGAGAGCUAACAAGGUACACACUCACGCUGCAGCUCUGCAGCAGACACAGGCAGCUGUGCCUUUAAAACACGUUUAAACACAAUAAUGCAAAUUCAUACAUAGGAAAACGCAUGCAUGCUUCUCGAAAGAGCACCUAGUCUUCAAAUGGUUUAUUUUGAGGCUGUGGUGUAGCUCUUGCUAUUCUAGCCGUGCAUGCUCUUGUCUCCCAGUCCACGCCAUUCCUCUUUGUCGUGGCACUCAAUUCAGUGUCUGCUUUGUUUACAGGGAGGGAGCAUGAAGGGGCUGGCUGGGAUUAGUUACAUUCAACAGGUUUUAUGCCUCAGCCAAUUGCUUAAAUACUUCUAUAUACGUUUAUUUGUGUUGCCGUGCAGUGUAUGUACAAAAAGUAACCCUCUGUGACUUUAUAACAGUGGAAAUUAUUCUGUUUACAAAUAGAGGACAAGGCUGGAGCAUAACCCUGAUCUCUGAAUUGAGAACCGCUGCAUUCCACCAUCUUUCGCUGGAGUUCUUGAGCUCCUCUGGGGCCGUUUCCUGGUUUCUAUACAGAUUAGUGACUGUUUAGGAAAGUAUUUCCCAUUCUGAGUUUCUUCCAAACACUCUGCCCCCCUUCUCGUUCUGUGCUGCAGAGGCAGUAUUUUUCUGUCCCCCUUCUCGUUUUGUGCUGCAGAGGCAGUAUUUUGGUUUGAAGCCAUAAACGGUCAACUUGCUGUUCAGAAACUCAUGCUCCCAAUUCACAUGUCCCACGAGUGUGAAGUUAAAGGAACAGUUAUUGCUUUUCAAGUGAAAGGCUUUUGUAAAGAAGCACCAACUAGACAUUCUGCGCUCCGCCGAGUCCCAAGUGGUUCAUAUCAGCCAUGUCCGCUGAAACUUAAAAUGACCUUUUUUUAUUUUGAAAACUUUCUUCUGACAUUUUUUGUAAUUUCAGAUUUGCUAUAGCCCCGUUCUGGACCAGGAUCACAUAUAUUUAAUGACAGUCUAUAUACUGUAAUGUACAUGACUUACCAGUAUAUGUGCUUGUAUGGCAGGCUGGCUCGCAGUGGUGAGGUGUGGUGACGUCACGGACCAGGAAGUACAGAAACCAAAACAAUGGAUGGGCGGGUGAAGCUGAAUGCAACUGCAUUCAGCGUAUUUAAUAACAAACAAAACAAAAGAUUUAAACAAAACACAACACAAAAAGGCAAAAGGGCCAAACGAAUAAACAAACAAACAAGUAAGUGUCGUGCUGGCUAAUCCAGCACGUUUUAGCAAUUGUUAAUUCUAUAUUAUUCUCCUUGUGCUCUCUCUCCGCUCUCCCGUACUCUCCUCUCUACACUCCACCCCGCAGCACGGGCAGCGGCCGGUUCUUAUACUCUGGCCGAGGGGUUAACUAGUUGUUAAUUAUCUUAUUACCCCUCAGCCAGAGUCUGCACGCGUUUGGUAAGGAUGCAUGACUGUCAGCUAGUUAAAUAAUCAGUAGCUGAUCAGUCACGCAUCCUCACGAGGUUUAUAAAAUAUAAUAUCAAAAGACGCGCCGCUUUUAACUGCGCCGCAAACAAAAAUACAAAUAAUAGUACAUAGGGGCGGGACACUCCGCCACAGCUUGUUAAUUUAUUAUAUUUUUUUAAAACACUAAAAGGUAUAACGAUGCUGUAAAAGCCUGGUCUUUGCGGGGUUAACUCUUUCCUUGCUACGUGUUUACAGGCGAUUUCAAUGCAAUCCAUGAAGAUAAGGAAUAGGAAGUAAAACUUCCUGUAGUGUCAGACUUCAUACAGUAAAGUAACACAUAAGUACACGGAUACCAAAAGGUUACUGCAGUGCAAGUAUCUGACACAGGAAUUACUGGAGGACUAGCAGCUUGGGAAUGUGUACUUGGUGAUUCUUAAAAUACAGUAAAUAAGCCAUGACUGUUUUAACUUGCUUUUUAUUGACAUGGGGCUUUGAAAAGGGAAGUUAAAGGUGUUUUUAUUAAUAUUAUUAUUUUAAAGGUGUUUUCCUCCUGUGUAGAUAAUAUUUCAAUGUUUUUUUAACUGAACCCUCAGUAUGGUAGAGUUCAAGCAAGCCCUUGUAAUCAUGUGUUAGCUCAGCAGCAGGUUGCUCCCCAUGGCCCCUGUAUGUUAGCUCAGCAGCAGGGAGCUCCCCGUGGCCCCUGUAUGUUAGCUCAGCAGCAGGGAGCUCCCCGUGGCCCCUGUAUGUUAGCUCAGCAGCAGGGAGCUCCCCGUGGCCCCUGUAUGUUAGCUCAGCAGCAGGGAGCUCCUCAUGACCCCUGUAUGUUAGCUCAGCAGCAGGGAGCUCCCCGUGGCCCCUGUAUGUUAGCUCAGCAGCAGGGAGCUCCCCGUGGCCCCUGUAUGUUAGCUCAGCAGCAGGGAGCUCCCCGUGGCCCCUGUAUGUUAGCUCAGCAGCAGGGAGCUCCUCAUGACCCCUGUAUGUUAGCUCAGCAGCAGGGAGCUCCUCAUGACCCGUAUGUUACUGUACAGUAUAUAAAUACAUUCCGUACAUUGAAAAGUAUGUAUUUCUUUAUCUGACUAUUUUAAGUUGACUUUAUUUUUUUUUUUGUUACAAAACAAACAAACAACAUAUUUUGCAAAACUGACCUGUCUUAUUUGGUGUCAUUUUAAAAAUAAAGAUUAGUUUUUUCAAGUCUAA